UUUUACUCAGUUUGUAGUAACUCCCGGUAACUAUAUCUGCAAAGUCCAGAUUUAACAAAGGAGGUUGAUGGCAUGUGAAAAUCCCAAGAGUCUUCACUCCCUCUUCUUCCUAUCUGUAAUUCACCGAGGCCCUCCCUUGUCUUUCAUCACAAUCCAGGUGGUCUCCGACCCUGGCUCAGUACUUCCUAAUUCUUCUUAUAUCUAUCCAUCCAUCGCUUCUUCCCUCUUCCUCGCUUUUCUUCCUACCCCAGAUUGUUCUUCCCCCAUAUUCUGGAUUCCUUCUGGGUGGCGUAGUACCCGAACUUACUUAGAUUGGCUUUGCCUGUUUGUACACCAUGUCCGAGACCUUCUCCAAAGACGACGUCGCGUCGCAUAACAAGUCCGACAACCUCUGGAUUAUCAUCGACGACGAUGUAUACGACUUGACCAAAUUCCAGGAUGAACAUCCCGGUGGAAAGAAGAUUCUCACACGAGUUGCCGGAAAAGAUGCGUCGAAGCAGUUUUGGAAAUAUCACAACGAGGGUAUCCUGAAAAAGUACCAGGGCCAACUACAAGUUGGAUCCCUGGACUCUAAAAAGGCGGCGGCUCCCCCCGCUCCCGCCCCAGCCCCAGCCAAGGACGAGGCCCCCAAGCCCCAACACGCCGCUCCAGUCGAUGUUGUCUCUGCAAAGUCUGAAGAACCCCAGGAGCCUUUCGGUGAUUUGAUUCCGUUCGCGGAUCCCUCCUGGUACCAAGGUCACCACUCACCCUACUACAACCAGACCCAUGCAGCCCUUCGCGCAGAGGCCCGGAAAUGGGUUGAGACCGAGAUUGAGCCUUAUGUGACCGAGUGGGAUGAGGCCAAGGAGGUCCCUGCCAAGAUCUACAAGCAGAUGGGUGAACGGGGAUACCUUGCGGGUUUGCUCGGCGUGACAUACCCAGUUAACCACACCCCCUACCGUGUUCAGUCUGUGGCCUCCGAGAAUUGGGAUCUCUUCCAUGAAAUGCUCCUCACCGAUGAACUGUCCCGCGCUGGUAGUGGUGGCCUGGUCUGGAACUUGAUCGGUGGCUUCGGUAUUGGUUGUCCUCCGCUCGUAAAGUAUGGUAAGAAGGAGCUUGUUGACCGUAUCCUGCCUGGUAUUCUGGCAGGGGACAAGCGCAUUUGUCUUGCGAUUACGGAGCCCGAUGCGGGUAGUGAUGUGGCCAACCUCACAUGUGAGGCGAAGCUGUCCGACGACGGCAAGCAUUACAUCGUCAACGGAGAGAAGAAGUGGAUCACCAACGGGAUCUGGUCCGACUACUUCACCACGGCCGUUCGUACCGGCGGGCCCGGCAUGAAUGGUAUCAGUGUUCUGCUCAUCGAGAGAGCCGCUGGAGGGGUCAAGACCCGUCGCAUGGAUUGCCAGGGUGUCUGGAGCAGUGGUACCACAUAUAUUACUUUUGAAGAUGUCAAGGUUCCUGUCGAGAACCUUAUUGGAAAGGAAAACCAGGGCUUCAAGGUGAUCAUGACCAACUUUAACCACGAGCGAAUUGGUAUCAUUAUCCAGUGCGUGCGCUUCGCUCGUGUCUGCUACGAGGAAUCGGUGAAAUAUGCACAUAAGCGCAAGACCUUCGGCCAGAAGCUCAUCAACCACCCCGUUAUCCGCAUGAAGCUAGCGAAUAUGGCCCGCCAGAUCGAAGCCAGUUACAACUGGCUCGAAAACAUCAUUUACCAGUGCCAGUCGAUGGAGGAGACCGAAGCCAUGCUCAAGCUUGGCGGUGCUAUUGCCAGUCUCAAGGCCCAGUCGACAACAACCUUUGAAUUUUGUGCCCGUGAGGCCAGUCAGAUCUUUGGUGGUCUCAGUUACAGUCGUGGCGGCCAGGGCGGCAAGGUCGAGCGACUUUAUCGUGACGUUCGUGCCUACGCUAUCCCCGGUGGAAGUGAGGAGAUCAUGCUGGAUUUAAGCAUGCGUCAGUCUCUCCGGGUGCACCAAAUGUUUGGCAUGAAACUAUAAGCUUUCGAUCUUUUUUUUUUUCAAAAAAAAAGAGAAAAAAAAAACCCCGAUUUCCCUUGUUUCUUGGAUAUUAUCCCCCUUUAGGUUGGAGUACAUAGAGCACUUGCUACGUUCUUGAACAAAUGUACCAUAUUUGGAAUAAAUUGUCUACUUGAUUUG